CAGAUUUGCCGGACGUUACCGACAGUUCUCUGUGUCCUUCGGCUAGAAUUCGCACUAGAAACAUCCGUCACGCUGCCUGGAAGGUGACCCUGUUUGCUCGCAAAGAUUCCUCGCUUCAAGCACGUGACAACGACAGGAAAAUGAAAAACACCGAGUACGCUGCCUGGUGGCUGUUUGUCACUUUUUCAAGCACCAUAGUCAUAAACGGUGCUGCCCACGAAUCUGCUGUUCGCAAAUGCCCCGACGGCCGCAACUGCGGCCCCGGGACCAGCUGCACACCCCUUUCUCCGGGUGGUGAUAGCUACGGCUGCUGCCCAUACGACAGAGGCAUGCCGUGCAUCUACAAAGGCGACGGAGCCGACGCCACUGAGAAACACGGCUGCUGUCCUCGUGGACACCGUUGUCUAGAAGGAACGUGCGUUCGUGACGAAGGCGAUGUCUCCUUGUCGUACGCACCGGCCGCACUCUUGGCUCCUCUGCGGAAGAAUCUACGCAGCACGACGUGCAGUCCAAAGCAGACCGUCGAGUGCCAGGACCACACCACGUGCCCCGCCGGCAACAGCUGCUGCCACACGCCCGAGUACCCGGUGGGAACGUACUCCUGCUGCCCGUACGAGUACGGCCAGGUGUGCUGCGCCGAUGGCAGCUGCUGCGCCGCCGGCUACCGCUGCGAGCCGCGCUGGGGCAUCUGCAUGCCCACGCUCCAGCAGGCGAAGCGUCCACCACGCAGCGGUACCGGCGCAUCCAGCCGGCUGCGUCCCGUUCCCGCCCGGAGGGGGCCACGGGCGAAAUGGCUGGGCACGAUGAGCACGUCCGACGUCGCAGCACCAUGGAUUCAGUGCCCGGACGGUACCUACUGUCACCGGAAUUCCACCUGCUGCUCCUCCCGUUCCUCUUCGUCGGAGCCCUCUUCAGCCGAGGCCGGUCGCAGCUACGCCUGCUGCCCCCACGAGGAGGCCCAGUGCUGCGUCGACGUCGAGUACUGCUGCCCGAAAGGAACGCGAUGCGAGCACUUCGACAAGCAAGCCGGUCACCGGUGCCGGUCGUUCAAUGACGAACGCGGACGGACGCUCCUCGCCUCCAAAAAGUACCCCAGCCUCGACAGUGUGCCCUCGGACACAUACCCCUCGGUGCCGUGCCCUGCGUGGAUGGUGUGCAGCUCGGGUUCGUGCUGCCGCGACCAGCACGGGGCCUACCGGUGCUCCCCGUACCCAGGAGGGGUGUGCUGCGCCUCGGGCAUCUCGGGAUGUCCGCCGGGCACCGAGUGCGUCGGUUGAGCGCCGUUGCCUCUCUUCCGGCUGCCGUCCCUUUAGCUAUGCCCACGUCGUCGGUUACAUCCAAGGAAUACAGCGAAAUUUUGCUCCGCUUAGGUUCCUGCUAUAAGUGUAAAAUGGUUGUAAAUAUUUUCCCCACUAGCUGAAAAUGAACGACGUAGCACAUACAAUGGCGAAAUACAUGCAACUGCGUUGCUUAUAUAUUUGA